UAGGAAUGGAGAUGUAUUUUCGGUAAAUAAUAUUGUGCUGACAACGAAAUGUGUUUUAAAAGUGUGUAAAGAGUAUCGUGUUCCACUUGAUCUUAAGGACUUUCCACGGUUAUACACUCUGGGUCUUUUCGUACGUACAACUGUGAACCGGAUCUCGAUGAGCGCAUCAGCAGCACCGUGCCCUCCAAAUCCGGGGGAGUAGCGCCGCUCGCGGGAAUAGCCCACCAGCGGAGCGGUACUCGCUCUGCCCGUUCUGUGCGCCAACGAAAUAUCUUCGUCUAGACUGAAAUAUUCUUCGGGCACCGAACCUACAAAAUCUCCACUGGCAUGGAGCUAGGAGCACAUUAAUAGUGAUAGUCUACAAGAUCUUGGUUUCUAUGCAUUGCCUGCCAAAGAAGAACUGAGCCCAAUGUUUCCACACAAUUCUAGUUCACAUGAGAUUUCUACAGAAACAAAUGCCUUCGUACAAAAUUCCAUGGGGGAUGUAGUAGUAUUAGGGAAAAACAGUCCGAUAGGGGUUGGGAAGGGAAGAGAAUCAGAAAAUGCUAGGUACUGUGAUAUCGAAUUCAUAAACAACAACAUGAUGGUAAAACCUAUUGGCCAUCUUGGAAAUACCGCCGCCAAUGACUUUUUAACCGUCCUGUCGAGCCAAACUGGCAAGUCCAUCUUGACCAGUCGAGGCCCGACCUGCCAGUCAGUGGCGUCGUCAACCACAAAACACCCAACAAAAAAUCACUUUCUAACUUACGAUAAUAAUAAUAAUCCUACUCUAAAUAAUCGCUCAAGACGAGCAAAACAUAAUCAUCAAGAUGAUCGAAAAACAACAGUUAAUGCAACAAAAAGAAAACAACCGGGCUUGUCCGGCAAACACAAACCGGGCAGCUCCGCCAAUAACUCUAAGUCUAUAUCUAAGACACUAAGUGAUAAUAAGACUAGCUUUAGCGUACUAAACAUUAGGGUACUAAAUAUAAGCAUAAAUCUACGAUUAACAGGGGAUAAGUGCGCAAUCGGUGAAGGGGUACCUAGCCUAGUUAGGAUACCCAAGUCUGAUCGCCCCUCAUCAGGCCACUUCUCUCUCGACUCUCUUGACAAUUACUCCUUACUAGGGUCCUGCCUUUAUCCGGGCAAAUACAAUAACAUUAAGUCUAAUUCUAGCCUCCUAAGUAAUAAUAACGAUAACUACAAGUCUGUGAUAUUGCUCAGCUCAACCAGUAACCAUUAUUUCCUCCGCGUCGAAAUGGACAGUGGUGCGAUCGCAAUGAGACUAGGAGCCCGUUUGAAUCCAUUCAGAUUCUUAGUGAACUCUUCUUUCGACGGUUUAUUGUUACAAAAACGAUUUCAUUUCGAAUCGCAGGAUAAAGUUUGUAGAAUUAUGGAAAUAUUCUCGGCGGAUAAUCAAAUUAUUCGGGACGAACUGUUUUCGGUUGAAUCGAUUGUUAAAAUCGUGACGAUGUUAAGGAAAAUUGUGUCCGACGAUUCCAGCGAAGGAGGAUCGAACGAAUCGUCUUUGGUACAUUUCGUAAUAAUUAAAAUGGUUUCGGAGAACAUAAAAAAUAUCAUGGGAUGCGAAUCACCGUGUAAAAAUCAAGACACGAGAGGAUUUCUGUCUAUCGACAUUGAAUUGAAAAACCUACAAAACGCCGGAAAAUAUAUAUCGCGUGAUUUAACAUUUGAAGAUAUUUCUUUAACCGAUAUUAACGAAGAAAUAUUAAAAUUUCUAUUCACAUAUCUAUUUUUGAGAGACGAAUCUCGUCUUCUGUUCUACCUAGGUAUUACAAAGAAACGGUUAAACAAAGUUAACGUUAUCUCGCUCGAGAGAUGCAUACAAUCUUCGCACACACUUAGAAAUCUUCUGUUAAGCAGUACUUUCUUAAAAGUCAACACUUCGUCCAUAAUAAUCGAAUUUUUUCUUGCGGAAAUUAACGAUACGAAGAAAGAAAUGUUGAAAAAUGUUACGUCGGUCGAUAUAUCCUGUAUAAACAAUAAUAUUGCGUUAGCACACAUUGAGGAAAACUAUACAAAAAUAUCAAAGUCGCCUUUAAAUUUCGUGAUGCUAAAGAAAGUUAAAAUAAGUGAUAGAUCGUCGAACGAAGAAUCAGAUUUGAUUAAGGAAGGGAAAAACGUGGCCACCAGUUCUUCCAUUACGCUUAUCGUUCCCAGAAACGAUCUAACUGACCAGCCUCUGCGACCUCUCCCAUUAAAAAACGCGCCGAAACGCGCACAAUCCUUCUCUCCAUGGCUCGACCUGGUCGCGAGCGAGCUGACGCAACGCGCAUGUGUUCCACUCUCGUUAGAUCGUAAGCUUUAUGUGGAUAAAUUUAGGUAUAAGGUGAUUUGCGAUUUUAGUAUUAUGUGGAAGGGGAUACCGAGCCACGAGACUAGCUACGAAAGGACGCAUCUUAAUGUCCGUUACUCGAACAUUUCUUCGAAGGUAAAUGAGAGGACAUUGGCCUUUAAAGUAGAAGAUUUUAUGACGACAAAGGCACAUUCAAAGAUUCUAACGCUCUCAAGAAACUUCGGAAAAACAAAUCAGAAAAUUGUCGUUUUCGCUAAAAAUGUUUUGUUUUCUGUCGAGGAUUCGGUAGCGACGGUAACAAUAAUGAUAACUAUAACGAUGCAUCGUAAAAUCUGGAUCUCGAUGAGAGAAAAAUUAACCGUUCCGUUCGUAACGUACAGAGAGACGGAUCGUAGAAGUUUUGCCUCGAACAAGCAAAAUUCGACGAUUUUGUUCCACGCGACGGCUUUAAGGAAGUUAAGCAGCGGAAUUUUUGCCUCUAUCAGAACAUUCGCGCAAAAUGUGAACCAUUUGUUCCUGUUAAAAAUCUAUAGAAGAAUGUAUUCGAAUGUUUCGACUUCGAUGAAAGAAUAUCUAAACGCUUGGUUUAUAAUAAGAACAUCAAAAACAAUAAUUUUGAAUAUAAUGGGAACUACGGUGGAGAUGUUGUCCUGGGGAAUUAAUGGUAUUAGUGACGUGGCAACAAUUACUGUUGGUGCUCUUUCAUUUCAGGAUAAUGUUAAGUCUAACGAGCCCAUGGGCGUUUAUUUCGCGAACUAUAGGUACUCAGGGUCGUAUGUGCGUCUUGACCCUGAGUUUGUUAAGUCUCUUUCUAAGUCUACUAUAGGGGAUAGAUUUAGGGUUAAGGGGGAGAACCAAGCCGAGUUCGCUCUCUACAUUCCUACUACGACUACCUGCAAGCCUACGAUGACGCUUAAACGCCAAUCUGCAUCCCGAAUAAUCGGUGUACCUGGAUCUCGGCCGAAAUACUUCGAGACAUUAUGGCCCGACCAAAUGCACACUCCUCACGAUUUUUAUGACAGUCUGCCAAACUGUUCAACGGGAUAUCACAAUGAUUCUCUUCCAGAGGGUGAAGACGAAGAAGAUUCUUCGAGAUGUUUCGACUGCUUUAUCGAACAAAUCAUACGCCGAAACAUUGCUAAACACGUUGACCACGAUCAACUGGAAAUGAUCAAAUCUCAAACUGCUGUCUAUUUGCAUGGCGAUCAAUAUACUAAAGCAGGCAUAUUUCGUUUUUAUAGAUUUGACAGAAAUGAUAAUUGCCAAGAUUCGCACGAGUCAAUAGAAGGGAAUGUUUCUAUUAUUUCAUCGUACUUUAGUUCACCGGAACGAAUAAAACUAAGAUAUCAAGUUUUUAUCGACCCAUUGAAUGAAAACAUUUCUCUAAAAAAUCUCUGUGAUGUAUAUCGAUUUAAAAAGACGUACAAAAUACACCAAAUUAUCGAGCUCGAUGUUGAAAAUAUUUUCACACGAGGCCCGGUAAAUUCUAAUCGCAUCGAUCUAAUCAAUUCGACGUUACAAACUGCCCAAAUCAAUGACAAUGAAGGAUCCAAUGUAAAUCCUGCGGCAUCGAAGCCUAUGGACGCGAUUGUAACGCACUUUCGCAAUUCCAACCAAUUUGAAGGGUGUGAAAUUCGUGCUUGUGUACCGAACGGCCAGGGUUCCGAAGAAAGGCUGAUCGCUUCGAAUCGAGCGGAGAAUGUCGCGCGUACAGGAAAUGCAAUUUCUAUUUAUCCGGAGAACGAUGAAGUUCACACAUGCAGCUCUAACCGAGACCACCUCAUUGAUUGCGCAAGGAAUCUCAUUGCAGCGUCUGUAGGGGUUUCCAAAGAUACUCUACAAAUUCUCAAAGAUGAACUUAAACGCGUGUUAACUCUUCUUUUUGAGAUAGUCUGCGAUAUAGAUGAACCGAAUUUCGGGUAUAAGAAAAGGUGGGGAAUCUCCAGCAUACUCAGAUUAGCCGGUGGUGGUGAAAGUUCAUUGAACAACGGCGGAGCAGCGAAUUGGGGAUCUGCACAGGCUAAUACUACCAAUAACAAUAGCAAUCCAGCUACAUGGGGAGGUACUUCCGGCAAUUCCACUGGAAACAGUGGCACGUCUGGGAAUUGGUCUGGAAAUAAUGUAAAUAGAUCUACUGCUGGUAAUCCAAACACGAAUCAGAAUCAAGGACCAUUAGGUGGGCAAAACGUGCCGGGUAACGUAAAUAAGAUGAAUAAUCCAAAUCAACAAGUGAAUCCGCAAUCAGGCCCACCUACUUCUCAGUCGGGCAGCACAAGUCAGAGUGGUCAGAACAAUAACCAAUGGCCGCAGGGUAAAUCCAAUAAUCCCGGAGGGCCUGGCCAAAAUCCUUCUGUCCCGAACAACAACAACAAUACUGUGCAACAACAGCAACAACAACCGUCAAACUCCAGUAGCAAUAAUAAUCAGACGAAUAGUCAGGCGAAUAAUCAGGCUCAGGGAUCCGUUAAUAGUAGUAAUACACCUCCUAGCAAUAAUCCUUCGACAAAACAACAACUGGAGCAAUUGAACACGAUGAGAGAAGCACUUUUUAGUCAAGAUGGUUGGGGCCGUCAACACGUAAAUCAGGACACAAACUGGGAUGUACCAACUACUCCAGAGCCUAAUACGACUAAAGAAGCAGUCCCUGUAUGGAAACCACCAGUGAACACUGGUACAGAUCUGUGGGAAACCAAUAUCAGAAAUGGUGGCCAACCACCGCCUCAACAACAACCAAAAACGCCUUGGGGCCAUACUCCGACAACAAACAUUGGUGGAACUUGGGGAGAGGAUGACGAGGUUGCCGAUUCGUCGAACACGUGGACCGGUGCACCUACAUCUUCUCAACCAAACACAGCCGCUGGACAAUGGACAACCGGUACCGGUAAUCAAACCGGUAUGUGGGGAGGAUCUAAUUGGGGUGACCCAAGAAUCGACCAUCGAGAUCCUCGAGAUCUUCGUUCUGUCGACCCCAGAGAAAUGCGAGAUCCUCGUGAUCAUAGAAUGACCUUGGAUCCCCGAGAGCAUAUACGCGUAAUGGAUCCAAUGGCUCGAGAUCCCAGAAUGGCGGACAUGCGCGGAGACCCGAGAGGAAUUUCUGGACGAUUGAACGGCACCAGCGCCGAUGCCAUGUGGGGUCAACCACCAGGUCCUCCGCAUCAUCAAAUGGGACAUCAACAUCCCUCAGGUCCCCCGGCAAAGAUGUUGAAUCCUUCCAGUAUAAAUCAAUGGGCUGCCCCGCCGCCAAAAGAUAUUAUGCCAGGAAAACCUUCAGGAUGGGAAGAACCUUCCCCGCCGACACAAAGAAGAAAUGUUCCGAAUUACGACGACGGCACAAGUUUAUGGGGGAAUGCUGCAGCCAAUCAAAGAACAAUACCCGGAAGUAAAGUUUGUCAUUGGAAGGAUCUUCCGACACCAAAUGUCGGAAGAGGAGGAAUGCAGUGUCCUCCAGGUAUGCCGCAGAACAGAAUGCCAGGCCAACCUGGAAUGAAACCAGAUGUUAGUGGACCAAUGUGGGGUCAUCCUGGUGCUCCUGGAGGGCGAAAUGGUAGCUGGGUUGAAGGACCACACGACACAGGUUCAUGGGAUGAUCCAAAGACACCAAGUACCUGGAACGAAGCACAGUUAAAUCCUGGCACUUGGGGUGGGCCCAGUGCGCACAAACCCAAACCGAUGGGACCUGCUGGAAGCUGGGUUGAUACCGAUAUGGAUCAUUCUCCUAGUUGGGCUCACCCCACUAAACCUACUCUUACAAAGGAAGUUAUAUGGAAUAGCAGGGAAUUUCGGUAUCUCUGUGAUUUAGGAUUUAAAAAAGAUGAUGUCGAAUUCGCACUGAGGAAUCGUGAAAUGAAUAGAGAAGAAGCUUUGGAACUUCUGAGUCAGUUGCGGCCUUUAGACCAAUGGAGAAGACACGAAGCACACUCCACAUAUGAUCCAACUAAUCAAGCAACAACUGCGCCAGCAUAUCCUAGAUUUAAUCACGUCGCACAGCAGAUGUCUUUCCCCCCGGGUGCUGGAGUGGCAAGUGGAAAUACAACCAGCAGUGUUGGUGGAUCGGUUGCUAGUGCAAGUUUGUUAAAGCUGCAACAACAACAACAACAACAAGCUGCUGUGCCUUUACAACAACAACAACAGCCUAGUAGUAAUGCACCUCAGCCACCAUUCAAUCAGGCUUCUAGAACUCCUCAAAAUCAACCGAGUACCCAACAGCUGCGUAUGUUAGUGCAACAAAUUCAGUUAGCCGUCCAAGAAGGUUAUUUAAAUCAUCAAAUUCUAAAUCAAGCACUUGCGCCUCAAACUUUAGUACUUCUGAACCAGUUAUUGCAACAGAUAAAAGUUCUGCAGCAACUUCAUCAACAGCAUUCAAUGCAAAGUACAAUGAAGGGUAAUGGCCAAUCGGUUCUGCAGAUUAGUGUACAAAUUACAAAGACGAAGCAGCAAAUAGCAAAUUUACAAAAUCAAAUCGCUGUGCAACAAGCUACUUUCAUGAAGCAGCAACAACAACAGCAACAACAACAGCAACAGCAACAACAUCCUGUGCCACCGUCCCAGAGCUCGGAAUAUUAUAAGAGUUCUGUGCAUGAUCCCAUGUCAGCACUGCAAAAUAGCUUUACAGAAUUGACAAUGAACAAGGAACCUCCUAUCAGUCAGCAACAAUCAAGACUGAACCAGUGGAAGUUACCGUCAUUGGACAAGGACGGGGAGUUAGUUUCGAAUGAGUUCUCGAGAGCGCCAGGAACAACUAGUAAGCCAGCAGCAACAUCGGCUGGUUUGACACAAUCACACAGUAGUCCUAACAUGAAUCCUUUGUUGGGUCAAGGAGAUGGUACAUGGUCGACCAGACUCGGAGACAGUGGAUGGUCAGAUCCAGGUAAUACGGAUUCUACUGAUGGAAAGGAUUGGCAGCCAACUGGUGCAGCUGCUUUUACUGAUCUUGUACCUGAAUUUGAGCCCGGCAAGCCAUGGAAGGGUACCCAGAUGAAGAGCAUCGAGGAUGAUCCAAGCAUUACUCCCGGUUCUGUGGUCCGUUCACCACUGUCUAUAGCAACGAUCAAAGAUCCGGAUGCCAUUUUUUCUUUAAGUAGCAAAACUUCACCGCCGCCGCAACAACCUACCAAUCUUGAUACGUCGAUACCAAGUUUGAGUAAUUCUACAUGGACAUUUAAUCCACCCGCCACUACGCCGAGUGCAUUGUUCACGAGCUCAAAAAAUACUUGGGGUGAAUCUGCUCCGCCACCGACUGCAGUCACUUCGGAACUCUGGGGAGCACCGAUGAGCAAAGUUCGUGGUCCACCGCCAGGUCUAAGUAGCAAAGCCACAGGAAAUACGAGCAACGGCUGGGCAGGUUUUGGCACUGUCGGCAGAUCGUCCAGUUCUUGGGGUUUUCAAUCAAGCACAAAUGCUGGCUGGGUUUCCACUUGGUUACUACUCAAGAAUCUGACGCCUCAGAUCGAUGGUUCUACGUUAAAAACUCUUUGUAUGCAGCACGGUCCUGUUCAGGACUUCCGCUUAUACCUUAAUCAUGGAAUUGCAUUAACCAAGUAUUCGUCAAGAGACGAGGCUAUUAAGGCACAAGGUGCUCUGAAUAAUUGCGUCUUGGGCAACACAACAAUUUUCGCAGAAUCGCCAGCCGACAGCGAGGUACACACUCUGCUGCAACAACUAAGUCAUGGAGGUCAACAGCAAGCAGGAGCGACAGCUGGAGCAGGUUGGGGUUUGCGACCAUCGAACAAAACUGGUCCACCACCCGACACAUGGGGUGGCAGUUCCAGUCAAUUAUGGGGUGCUCCACCGAGUAGUAAUUCUCUUUGGAGCAACGCUGGCAUCGACAGCAACGAUCAACAACGCACUACGCCCAGUUCUCUGAACUCGUACUUACCCGGAGAUCUUCUGGGAGGUGAGUCGAUGUAGAGUGCCGCAUGGAGGAGCGGUAUCACUCGUGCGACGACCAAGCAUUCUUCACGAUACGUCAAUUAUAUUGCGCAUUGUCAGGCGGGCCGGUUCUCACGAAUAUAAGUUACUUAAAUCAGUGUCGCGUAUGUGUACACCCAAAUACGACGCGUAAUUCCGGCUGUAACAGGGAUCUAAUUUGAUUUCUUUUCAACGAAUGAAUUUAUGAGGGAGGGAGUAUGGUUAUGAAUUUUAAGGCUUUCGGUGUGCGCCGUGUUUUCUCGACGGUUUAGGGUAGUAACCGACUACAUUUAACGACGCGCGUAAAAAUGUUGUUAUUACUGCGCGUACUAUGUGAUGACCGCGUACUAUGUUGUUUUAAACCUUCAAUUAGUAUUAUCAUUAUAUUGCUUAUGUUGCAACUUUUUGGUGUUUCGGUAUUUUAAGAUAAUACUAAUUACAUCCGUCAAUAUGCGCGUAUAUGUACAUAGCUAGUGCACAUACGUAUCAUUUUCGAUAGACACAUUUCAUGAAGUUUUAAUUAUUGAAUUAGUAUUAUUCUUCCUGUGCAGGUCGCGUUUUUAUUAAUAUAUGUCUCAAUGAUAUUCUUUGCUAAUAUUCCGUUUAUUCAACAAACAUGUAUUAUUAGUAUGUUUCAUUGUUUAAGUUCGUAAUUCAGUAUGCUACAAUUCUUCGAUGUUUUAAUAUUCCUUAAUUCUUAUUUAUUACUGCGCGCGCAUCAUUUCUAUAACGAAAUGUUCAAUAAUCAAACAUGUAUGCUGUAAUAUGCUAGUGAACGUUCAUCUUGAAACGAGUACUGUGUUGUAUUUUUCAAUAUUUAGUAUCUGUUGUUGUUUUAAUCUAGUAAUGGAAUUAAUGUCAUUAAUGUGUAUUUUUUAUAUACGCGUUGUAUUUAACAAACUCAUAUUACCUAUAUUUUGAUUCGUAAAUUAAUAUAACUGAUACAAUGUUGUAUGCGCAUUGUCCUUUUUAACGUUUCAAAUUUACGAUGCGUGGAAAAUUUUGUAUUUACAAAUGUCACUCGUGACCGUGUACUCUGAUUUUCGAGUAUUGCAUCAGUGUGCAUUACAAUUUUGCUUCAAUUAUGGUAAUAUAUAACGUAGAAAGUGCGCGCGCACGUGAUCAAUAUUAAAACAUCGAUGUGCAAACAGUUUAAUUAAAAUAAUAUAAAUUUCAACUCCUGUUGUGUAUUCUGGGAAUUGAAGCACAAACGAUAUAGAAAAAGUAAAAAAACUAUGCGUAUACACCGCAGCCAUUAGCUGUGACAAAAAAAAAAAAAAAAAAAAAGAAAAGAAAAGAAAAGAAAAGAAAUAAAACGUCGGCUGCUUUUAAAUGUGACGCUGCCAACCCUUUCUUAAUAAUGCGCGUGUAAGAAAGUAUAAAUUAUGAUUGAUGGUCUCACGAGUGUUCCACUUUUUUGCUCUGAACAGUUUUCUUUAAUCGAGACUGCAAUGCGUAUUAUAUAUCAAACGUAGACUGUACCAAUCUAAUCAAAACAGAAAAAGUGACAAAAAGGAAUAAGAUAUAAAUGAAACAAAAAAAAGAAAAAAGAGAGGAAGAAAUAAGAAGAAUGAAAGACCUCUUAAGGAAACUAAGCGAGGACCGCGUCGAUGCUACGGGCUAUACCUACCUCUUCCAUUAGCACCGGAGAUAGAGAAUCGACUUUUUAGUAGAAUUUUAAUCAGUUUAAACGUAAUGAUAGCAAGAACCCCUUAGAUAAUUAUUGCUACUAAGAAUACCAGAAACAACGCGAAUAGUAGUUAUUGUUAUAUGUUAUCGUAACUAUUAAUGGCUUGAACGUUUGUUGAUGAAAUUGUAUUCAGUUUGACAACAACGAUUUAAAUAUUAAUUUAAAUAGUAAUCGUUAAUUUAUGUUGUAUUAAUUGAUUACUAUUGUUAUCGUUAAUUUUUACGAUACGAAACAUUAAUUACCAUUCAUUACUGUGUUCGACUGUAUUGUUCGAGUCCCGAUGAAAAUUUUUAAAAGCUAUUUGAUUCGACUAAAAAUCGAUUCUUCAUCGACAAAUGCCCAGAAACCUUUAAAGGGGUAGUAUAUCGGGGUCCGAGUUCUUGCGACGACAACAAAAACGAUACCAAAUGUUAUCGCAAUAACGUAAAUUUUAUUCUAUAUUAAAUCUAAAUGCCACCUGUCGUGCCAAUGUCCAGCGUGUCUCUUUACCAUUUACUAAUUAUAGAGUUAUAACGAAAAUGGCAAUUCGAUGUUUUUUCUCUAGCUAUCUUUGUCUGCCUGCCUAUCUGUGUGUCUGUCUCUAUCUCUCUCUAUUCUUUGUAAAGUGAUUGAUAUUGAGGAGAAAUAUACCACUUCCCAUUGGUUGAUAUACGUAAGAGAUCAUACUCAAAAAAAAAAAGUUCAUACAUAUGUGAAAUUUUAACUUGAAAUUGAGAAUCAAAGUUUCUUUUCGCGAAGAAUGUUUCGAAUUUUCGAGCCAAAGGUUUUGAUAAUUACUUAGUGACGGAAAAUUUAUUUUGUUAGAACAAUUUGAAUUCUUUUUUUUUUUUCAUCUAUUUAUUCUUCAAUAUAAUGUAAUUAAAAUGUUAUCAGCAUGUAACAAAGAUUAUUCUUAGGUGCGUUACAGCUUAAAUCCAAUCGGUACAGUGAAAUAUAGUACAAUUAUUAUACAAUGUUACUAGCUUUUUCAAUUGUUGGUUGUAUAAGAUGAGAAAUAAUUAUACGUAAUGUAAUUGAAUUUCUCACGUAACUAGAAAAAGCGAAAUGGUAACGAGCUUACGUUUACUACAUAGUUUUUGUUGUGUCAUCGAAAG